AUGUUGGAAAGGGCAGACGAAGACCCAAGAUUCCACUCGUUCUUCCAAGUCCCGCCUGAAGUUCGAAAUUUGAUAUACACAAUCCAUCUCGACUCCUUACCACAGGACGGAGCGUUAUCGAGAACUCCAUUCCUCUCUCACGCCUCGCCCCAACUCCGCCGAGAAGUCCUUCCAUUAUGGUACGGCACCCAGACCCUCGAGAUCCCCAUGCACAUCCAAGCUCGGUACAGCCUUGACCACGAGAGGCACCGCAAAAUUGAAUACAUGCACGACAUCAAAGCCUCAUCCACAGACCCAGCCAGACCUUACACAAUCCUCCACACACUAAUCCGCCGCACGGAGGCCUUCCUCACCCACGCCCCCGACUACAUUUUCGCCAUGCUUAAACAUAUCCUCAUCUCCGUCCAGAUCGAGGUCACCUGCUGUCAAGAUGAGCCUGGCUGUACUGUGAACGAUACAUUCUUGCUGGAACUCGAGAUUGACUUUGAUGGAGAGACGCAGCCGUGGACGACUUGGAGCUCGGGAACGAGCUUCCUUGGAGGGGGGGUUGAGGACAGGCGGGAGGAGGUCAAUGAUGCGGGUGGGCAGAUGAUGGAUGAUAUGGAGAGGAAUCUUCGGAUCUUGAUGAGGGAGAUUCGUAAAAGGGACGAUGAUGGCGGGGAGGGCCGAAUGAGGUUGAGGAGGCGGGAUCUUGAGUGGAUGAGGGAGGUUGUGAGAUUGGGAGUCUGGUGA